CGCGACCGCCAUUUUGAGAUUUACCUCAGACUCAACACACAUCACAAACCACGGGAGGAGCGGGUUGAGAGCCACACAGCUCAGGCUAACAUUGUAUGACCGGGCACAUUCCUCACCACAAACAGGAGGUUAGCUCGAAAUGCAACCAGGUGCCGCGUUUUGUCGUUUAUCGUGUUAGGGCGGUUUGGGGGAAUUGUUUUAUGUCGGGCCGUGGCAACUCUCGUCUCCGCGAACUUCCAAAUUAACAUCAGUGCUAUUCCGUAUUGGAAACUGGUUUGAAUGGAUAGCUUUUUCCUCCGCUCUUCCCCAGACGAGGGACAAUCGGAGGAGCACACGGACUGGGGAUAUCGCAGGCAAAGUUGUUGAAUGUGUGUCUAUAGCAAAUGAACCGUUGUUUUCAUUGUUGUUGUACCUAUAUCACCAGUUGGCUGCCUAGUGUCAGGUAGCUUAACGCUAGCUAUAAACAGGGUAUUUGUUCCCCAACAUACAGGUCGUGCUGUGCGUUGUCUCAUUGCCCCACAUUUCCCGGGGUAAAGCCGGAUUGAUUUAGCUAAUUUCAGCGGGCCUCCCUCCUCGGAGCCCCGGUCCAUCCAUCCCACCCCCCGCCGUCAGCCAGCGACUCGCACCCACCAAAGGCGCCGAGAUUGGGCGAAUAGCGAGCAAAUACGUCCGCGUUUCUCUACCCGCUCCCCCGCCGACCUCCCCUCCUCACUCCCCGGCGCUGACAGCGGACAAGGCCGAGGUCGCAACAGAGCAGGCCCGGCCGCCGAGGCUCGACCUGUCCACCCCACCUCCGCAUCCUACCACACCUCACCAGCAGUCCAGAACCCGGUUCCCCGCCGAGCCGACCCUGGACAAGGUCGAGGCUAACAGAGAUAACAGGGAGCACCGCAUCACAACCACAACAACAACAGCUGCCAACAUGAACCACCACCAUCACCACACGCAGCAGCAGCAGCAACAGAAAGCCGGCGAGCAGCAGCUCAGCGAACCAGAGGACAUGGAGAUGGAAGCUGGGGACACAGACGACCCUCCAAGAAUCCCGGCCAACCCGGUGAUCAAUGGUAACGUGGCCAUGGCAGAUGGACACAACAACACAGAGGAGGACAUGGAGGAUGACACCAGUUGGCGGUCAGAGGCGACUUUCCGCUUCGUUGUAGAACGCUUCAGCCGCCUGAGUGAGUCUGUGCUCAGCCCGUCCUGCUUUGUCCGAAACCUUCCAUGGAAGAUAAUGGUGAUGCCGCGCUUCUAUCCAGACCGGCCACACCAGAAGAGCGUGGGCUUCUUCCUGCAGUGUAACGCAGAAUCAGACUCCACGUCAUGGUCGUGCCACGCGCAGGCCAUGCUCAAGAUCAUCAACUACAAAGACGACGAGAAGUCUUUCAGCCGCAGGAUCAGUCACCUGUUCUUCCACAAAGAGAAUGAUUGGGGCUUCUCCAACUUCAUGUCCUGGAGUGACGUGACUGAUCCAGAGAGGGGCUUCAUUGAUGACGACAAAGUCACAUUUGAAGUCUACGUCCAGGCAGAUGCCCCACAUGGAGUGGCAUGGGACUCUAAGAAACACACAGGCUACGUUGGACUAAAGAACCAAGGAGCUACAUGCUACAUGAAUAGCCUGCUACAGACACUCUUCUUCACCAACCAGCUACGAAGGGCGGUGUACAUGAUGCCCACAGAGGGAGACGACUCGUCCAAGAGCGUUCCCCUGGCAUUGCAGAGGGUUUUCUACGAGCUGCAACACAGUGACAAACCUGUCGGCACCAAGAAACUCACCAAGUCCUUCGGAUGGGAAACACUAGAUAGCUUCAUGCAACACGAUGUACAGGAGCUGUGCAGAGUGCUCCUGGACAAUGUGGAGAAUAAAAUGAAAGGCACUUGUGUCGAGGGAACCAUCCCCAAGCUCUUCAGAGGAAAGAUGGUGUCAUAUAUCCAGUGCAAGCACGUGGACUACCGGUCAGAGCGGAUAGAGGACUACUAUGACAUCCAGCUUAGCAUAAAAGGAAAGAAGAACAUCUUCGAGUCAUUCAAAGAUUAUGUUGCAACCGAACAGCUAGACGGAGACAACAAAUACGACGCAGGAGAGCACGGCCUGCAGGAAGCAGAAAAGGGGGUGAAGUUCCUCACCUUCCCUCCAAUCCUCCAUCUGCAGCUGAUGAGGUUCAUGUAUGACCCACAGACCGACCAAAACAUCAAGAUUAAUGACAGGUUUGAGUUUCCAGAUCAGUUACCUCUGGAUGAGUUCCUCCAGAAGCCAGACUCCAAGGACCCAGCCAACUACAUCCUGCACGCCGUGCUUGUGCACAGCGGGGACAACCAUGGCGGUCACUACGUCGUCUAUCUUAACCCAAAAGGAGACGGCAAAGUGAGUGUCAAGGAACCAAUAUGGUGUAAGUUUGAUGAUGACGUGGUGUCGCGGUGCACCAAGGAGGAGGCCAUAGAGCACAACUAUGGUGGACAUGAUGACGACCUCUCAGUGCGCCACUGCACCAACGCAUACAUGUUGGUCUACAUCCGCGAGUCCAAGCUCAGUGAGGUGCUCCAGCCGAUGACUGACGUGGACAUCCCCCAGCAGCUGGUGGAGCGUCUGCAGGAGGAGAAAAGGGUGGAGGCACAGAAGAGGAAGGAGCGCCAAGAGGCUCACCUCUACAUGCAGGUCCAGAUAGUAACAGAGGACCAGUUCUGUGGGCAUCAGGGCAACGACAUGUAUGACGAAGAGAAGGUGAAGUACACAGUCUUCAAGGUCCUCAAGAGCUCUACGCUGCAAGAGUUUGUCCAGACCCUCUCCCAGACCAUGGGUUUCCCACAGGACCAAAUGAGGCUGUGGCCCAUGCAGGCCCGGAGCAACGGAACUAAGCGACCCGCCAUGCUCGACUACGAGGCCGACUGCAACAAGUCGAUGAUCGACUUGAGCGACAAUGAGAACCCCUGGACAAUAUUUCUGGAGACGGUGGAUCCGGAGAUGGCAGCCAGUGGGGCCACGUUACCCAAGUUCGACAAAGACCAUGAUGUCAUGUUGUUCUUGAAGAUGUAUGACCCCAAAACCAGAAGCUUAAAUUAUUGUGGACAUAUCUACACACCUAUUUCCUGCAAAAUAAGAGACCUUCUACCAGUCAUGUGUGAGAGAGCAGGGUUUCAGCAGGAAACUAGCCUUAUCCUCUAUGAGGAAGUAAAGCCCAAUCUAACAGAGCGGAUACAGGACUAUGAUGUCUCUCUGGACAAGGCCCUGGAUGAGCUCAUGGACGGGGACAUCAUUGUCUUCCAGAAGGACGACCCAGAGAAUGACAGCAGCGAGCUGCCAACGGCCAAGGACUACUUCCGGGAUCUCUACCACCGAGUGGACGUCAUUUUCUGUGACAAGACCAUCCACAACGACCCCGGCUUCGUCGUCACGCUCUCAAACCGCAUGAACUAUUUUCAGGUGGCCAAGACAGUAGCGCAGAGGUUGAACACAGAUCCCAUGCUGCUGCAGUUCUUCAAGUCACAGGGGUACAGGGACGGUCCAGGGAAUCCUCUCAGACACAACUAUGAGGGAACGCUGCGGGACCUGCUGCAAUUCUUCAAACCUCGGCAGCCCAAGAAACUCUACUAUCAGCAGUUAAAGAUGAAGAUAACAGACUUCGAGAACAGGAGGAGUUUUAAAUCCAUAUGGCUCAACAGCCAGUUCAGAGAGGAGGAGAUCACCCUCUACCCUGACAAGCAUGGCUGUGUGCGGGACCUUUUGGAAGAAUGUAAAAAGGCAGUGGAGCUCUCUGAAAAAGGCUCUGAGAAGCUCAGGCUGUUAGAGAUAGUAAGCUAUAAAAUCAUCGGGGUUCACCAGGAGGACGAGCUGCUAGAAUGUUUAAAUCCGGCUGCCAGCCGCACCUUCAGAAUAGAGGAGAUUCCUUUAGAUCAGGUGGACCUGGACAAGGACAGUGAAAUGCUAAUCCCUGUCGCUCACUUCCACAAGGAAGUCUUUGGCACCUUCGGGAUCCCCUUCUUGCUCAAGAUCAGACAGGGCGAGUCAUUUCGGGAGGUGAUGAGGAGGAUCCAGACCAUGCUGGACAUCCAGGAGAAAGAAUUUGAGAAGUUCAAGUUUGCGAUUGUGAUGAUGGGGCGGCAUCAGUACAUCACUGAAGACGAAUAUGAGGUCAACCUGAAGGACUUUGAACCACAGCCAGGUAACAUGUCCCACCCGCGCCCCUGGCUAGGGUUGGAUCAUUUCAACAAAGCUCCAAAGAGAGGUCGCUACACCUACCUGGAGAAAGCAAUCAAGAUCCACAACUAAAAGCAGCCCGCCCUUCCUCUUUGUCCUCCUCAUCCUCCUCCUCCUGCUCCGCCUUCCUCCCUACCUACUUUAACACACCAUAACCACAGACUGUAACCAACCGUGUGUGUGUGCGUGUGUGUGCGUGUGUGUGUGUGUGCGUGUGUUUGUGUGUGUGAGACUGUGUGGGUGUGCGUGCGUAUGUGUGUGUGUGUGUUCAUCACUUUUAACACCCUGCCUGGACACCUCUACAGCUCUACACCGGCACUAUGUCUUCAGCGAUUCGGAUCUUGCUGCAGCUGACGGAUUAUCCUUCAACCACAAAAUAAACUGCACCAACCACCUCC